AUGGGUCGCGAUGACGGCAUACCUGGAAAAGUGGCUAGCUCACAAAGCUACUUCAACGGCGGCUCCAUGGACUGUCUCACGCUCGGGUUCAACGAAAGUUCCUUUGAUCGCUACCUCCUGCGGCCCCGAGUUUUGCGCGAUGUGACGAACGUCGACACGAGCACCACAUUGUGGGGCAAGACGGCCGCACUGCCCCUGGGCGUCGCCCCGACCGCUAUGCAUCGACUGGUCCAUGAAGACGGUGAGAUCGGCACGUCCAAGGCCUGUGCUGCUCGUCGUGUUCCUAUGAUUCUUUCCGCUCUGUCGAACGACACUUUGGAAGAUGUAUCGGCCCAGAGCAGUGAUGGCUCGACACCGUAUGCCAUUCAUGUCAGCCCGUUGAACAAGCGUGAAGUCAUAAGCAGCAUUCUUACGCGGGCUAAAGCUGCCGGGUACAAGGCUGUUAUUCUAACAGCCGAUGCUCCGAUGUAUGGUCGCCGUCUACCGGAUUUACGCAAUCGGUUCAGUAUCCCUCCCGGCCAGACUUUCCCCAAUAUCAGCGCACCAGGCGUGUCGGUCGCUGAUAUUUCAGUUAGUGCCGCUGCUGCUUGGGAAGAGUAUAUUCCUUGGCUCCGAACUCAGACAGACCUAGAGCUUUGGGUGAAAGGAGUAACCUCCAAAGAGGAUGUUACCCUCGCCAUCAAGCACAGAGUGGAUGGUAUCAUAAUCUCCAAUCACGGCGGUAGACAACUAGACUCCACACCCGCCACUAUCGACUGCCUCCGCGACGUGGCGCCCUUGGCUAAGGGUAAAAUCCGUCUCUCCUUGGACGGUGGCAUUCAUCGCGGGUCAGAUAUCUUCAAAGCCAUCGCCCUUGGCGCGGAGUUUGUUUUCGUUGGAAGAAUUGCUAUUUGGGGAUUAGCGUAUAACGGUUCAGACGGUGUGGGACUAGCACUGGAUCUCCUCAUUCAGGAGUUUAAGCUGUGUAUGGGAUUGGCUGGCUGCACUAAGGUAUCAGACAUCAGCCCUGCCCAUCUGUCCAUUUUGCAAAGCAACGGAAUUCUAGGCGAUGUUUAUUAG